AUGGCCUCAGCUGCACCUUCAACCCAACGGCCUGCUAUCCAAAGCCAACCUACUCAGAGCAACGAGCAGAAUGAAAAGAUCGACAUGAUCGGAACACAUGUGGAAAAGCUCACUAGGUAUGUUGAAGAACUCAAGGAUAAGCUAACCGAAAAAGACGACCAGGUUGAACAGCUCGAAGCGCAAGUACUUGCAUUGGGAAAUGAGAAUGAUGGCAAACCAACUGCUGGAUCAAACAAAGUCAAGAUGCCAAAACCAAUGAACUUCGAUGGCACCCAAUCCAAGCUCAAGUCAUUUCUUGUUAAUAUGGAUAUGCAUCUUGACGCCAACAAGAUCACCAGUGACAAGGAAAAGGUAAUCUUUGUAGCCUCCUGCCUCACAGAUGAAGCAGCAGACUGGAUGCAACUAAUGCUUGACGAUUACUACAACGAUGACGCCGAUGAAUGGGACGAAUUAACCAAAACCAUCUUCAGAAGCUACAAGAAUUUCCAGAUCAAGCUUGAAGAAUCAUUUGACAACAUCAACGAAAUCCACACCGCUAAAAGAAAAUUACGAUUUCUACAACAAACCGGAUCUGCACAACAACUAGCGAUCAAAUUCAAACAAAUUAUAUCGCCACUGCAUUACGAUGAUGACGUUCUCAUAGGACUGUUUGAGAAUAUGCUUAAGGAAGAACUCCAGACUAAAUUGAUUAAAAUGGAUCGACCUGACAAGCUCGGCAAAUUCAUCGAAAUGGCAGUCAAGAUGGACAAUAAAUUACAGAAAAAAGCUCACGGGACUGGCCAUCCACAGGGGCAGAAAAACCAAAUUGCAACAAUGAUUAUAGUACCAACAGAACAGAAGGAAAAACAACAAAAUAGUAACGAGAUCGAUCAUGAAGAAACCGACAAAUACGAGAAAACCUGA